AUGGAUCCUACCUUCUAUCGCACUGCAGCGGAGGCAAUCUCUGCUCCGGCAGAAGAAUUGGCGUACGUGGUGGCCUUUGACAGAAAAGGCCAGAAACACGACGCGUUGACCGUCAUUGACUUGAAACCCGGAAAGACGUACGGUCAGGUCGUUGGCUGGACCGAUGUUCCCGGGCUUGGGGACGAAUUGCACCAUUUUGGGUGGAAUGCGUGCUCCUCUGCUCUUAAACACGAGGGCCACAACAUGGACGGCCUGCAGCGACGCUACCUGCUUGUCCCAGGCUUGCGCUCCUCAAACAUAUACGUCUUUGAUGUCGGGCCAGACCCUCGCAAGCCACUUCUUAUCAAAACGAUCGAUGGGAAGACAUUGUCAGAUAAAGCUGGGUAUUCUCGUCCGCAUACAUUACAUUGCGGUCCUGAUGGCGUCUUCUUGACGUGUCUUGGAGGCCCGGAGGGUAAUCCUGACGGACCCGGCGGCAUUGCUCUCCUUGAUCACCAGACCUUCGACGUUUUGCGUGCUUGGGAGACCAAUCGCGGCCCGCAACACUUCCACUAUGAUGCCUGGUGGCAUUUGAACAAGAAUGUCCUUAUUUCGAGUGAAUGGGGGAGCCCGUCGAUGAUCGAGAACGGGAUUGUUCCAGAACUUUUGUUGGGGAACAAGUACGGCCACGCCAUUCAUUUCUGGGACCUUGCUGCGGGAAAACACCAUAAACGUGUUGACCUCGGUGAAGAACACCAGAUGGCUCUCGAAGUUCGCCCGUCCCACGAUCCAGAAGCAACUUGGGGUUUCGUUGGAGUCGUUAUUUCAACCAAGGACUUGUCGGGGGCCAUCUUUCGAUGGUUUCAGGACGGCGGCGAGUGGAAGGCAGAAAAAGUCAUUACCAUUCCGGCAGAACCUGCCGACGAAGAUUCUCUACCCCCGAUACUCAAGCCGUUCAAGGCUGUUCCCCCACUUAUUACGGACAUCGACCUUUCGGUCGACGACAAGUUCCUUUAUGUUGCUUGCUGGGGGACCGGAGAAAUGAAGCAAUACGACGUUUCUGAUCCCGCGCAUCCCGUUCAAGUUGGCUCGGUAAGGUUGGGGGGUAUCGUGAAAAGGGAUGCCCACCCAGCAAAGCCCGAGAUGCCCUUAGCCGGUGGACCUCAAAUGGUCGAGGUGUCGAGAUCUGGAAGAAGCCUUUACUUCACCAAUUCCCUUUAUGGGGCUUGGGACGACCAGUUCUACCCUGAUGGCGUCGGCGCUUGGAUGGUCAAAGUGGAUGUCAACCCGGAAGGCGGUCUCAAGAUAGACGAAUCUUUCUUCCCCCACGGUUCCGACUUUAAGGGUUUGCGUGUGCACCAGAUCCGCCUCCAGGGUGGAGACGCGUCUUCGGAUUCAUAUUGCUAUCCGAACACCACGAGCAGACUUCUCGUUGGGAAGGAUUUCCUCCAGACCAUGGGUAAUCCAAAUCCAACUGUUCAAGGCACUUUGACCAGCGUUUAUAAUUUGGGCUGUUUCGGAGGGGCAUUGUCGACACUGUAUACCGGAGACAGACUCGGCCGUCCACGCACCAUUAUGCUUGGAAGCUCCGUCAUCGCCGUUGGCGCAAUCAUUCAGUCAGCCUGCUAUUCCAGGGGUCAAAUGUUUGCAGGCCGGGUUAUCGCAGGCCUUGGGACAGGCAUGAACACCGCCACCGCUGGAGUUUGGCAGUCGGAGACCAGCAAGAUGCGAAGCCGUGGCAAGCUCGUCAUCAUUCAGAUGGCCAACUGUAUAACUGGAUUCUGCCUGUCGAAUUGGCUCACUCUGGGAUUCUCCUUCGUUAAGAGUUCAGUUGCCUGGCGAUUCCCACUCGCUUUUCAAUGCUUUUUCACGCUAUUGAUAUGGUUGAUGUGCCCUUUCCUCCCCGACUCCCCUCGCCUUCUGAUCCGCAAAGGCAAGCACCAAGAGGCAUUAGAAGUGCUCGCUGCUCUCGAAGGACAUGGCGCGACUGCUGAUUCGCCUUCGGUUCGCGCACAAUACGAUAUCAUCAAAGAUGUCCUCGAUAAAGAGCACGCGCAGUCCUAUACUUGGUGGCAGCUCCUUACCGGUCGAGGACCUUCAGGAGUCGUCCGCCGAAUGAUUCUUGGUGCCUGGAUGCAAGCCAGCAACCAGAUCAGCGGCAUAAAUGUCACUAGUUAUUUCCAAACGUAUAUCUUCAUCCAUGCCAUCAACCUCAACGAACUUUUAGCUCGAAUCCUUGCGGCUGCUGGAUCGGUCGAUUACCUCAUUUUCAGCUUUUUGGCGUGGUUCGUCAUUGAGCGUUACGGACGUCGUCGGGUCAUGAUGUGUUCAGCAUUUGCCUGUUCCAUGUGCUGGACUAUUAUCAGCAUUGCCCUGGGCCUGUCUCAGAACGGGAAAGGAGAUACGUACAAGCUAGGUGCCCUUGCGACGACCUUCUUCUUCGUGUUCUUCGCCUCGUUUGGAAUGGGUGUGCUCGGUGUCCCGUGGCUCUACCCCACGGAAAUCAACCAUAUUUCUUUCCGUGCCAAGGGUGCUUCUCUGGCAAUGGCAACGAACUGGAUUAUGAACUACAUGGUCGCUCAAGUAACGCCGCCGGGCAUUGCCAAUCUAGGUUACCAGUUCUGGAUUAUCUGGGCCGUGAUCUGCUUUUCAUUCAUUCCCAUCACCUAUUUGUUCUAUCCCGAGACGGCCAACCGUACACUGGAGGACAUUGACCGAUACUUUGCGGAACAUCGCAACAUCUUUGUUUUCCAGGACAAGGUCGCCACACAGUUGAAGAGGCCAGAGAUGUGGGAAAAGAUGGAUGAGGAAGUCGGACGGAGGGCACAAGAGGAGAAGAUCAGGAACGGCGAGCAGAUGGAGGACGAAGGCGAGAAGGGAGAGAAGGGUGAGGAGGAGGUGGUGUACAUUGAGAAAUGA